UAUAAUAAUCUUGAACAAUAUAAAGGAGGUUCAUGUAAUCAAGAAAAACCUCCGUGGAGGUCAUUAUACUCAGAUCUGUCAAAGGUCGUAGCUUCAUAGGAAACUAAAAAGAUCGUUGAACAUGAAGGUGAAAAAUUUCCGAAAAAGAAGUGCAGAAGGCGACGAAGACGGUCAACUUCUGAAAGAUGACGACGAGGAAGAAAGGAGGUUGGCGUUAGAAGAGGUGAAAUUCCUUCAGAAACAGAGGGAGAGGAAGUCUGGAAUUCCUGCAAUACCGACAGCAACCCAGGUUUCGGUGGGCGGUGGAAGCGCCAGCGUCAGCGGUGGUUUGGUUUCCAAGAAAGUAACCGACAAGAGCGAAGGGGAUGGGGAGAAAGACGAGUUGGUCUUACAGGAUACCUUCGCCCAGGAAACUGCUGUCAUGGUCGAAGACCCCAAUAUGUUGAGAUAUGUUGAACAAGAAUUGGCAAAGAAAAGAGGAAGGAAAAUUGAUGAAGCAGAUCAAGCUGGGAAAGAUAUGACACAUGCUGAGGACGAAUUAUACAAAAUUCCAGAGCAUCUUAAAGUGAAGAGGCGAAACUCAGAAGAAAGCUCUACUCAGUGGACUACUGGGAUUGCGGAAGUUCAGCUCCCCAUUGAAUACAAGCUGAGAAAUAUUGAGGAAACAGAGGCUGCCAAAAAACUCCUACAGGAAAAGAGGCUCAUGGGUCGGUCCAAAACAGAAUCUAGCAUUCCCUCGAGUUACAGUGCAGAUUAUUUCCAACGCGGCAGGGACUACGCUGAAAAACUUAGGAGAGAACAUCCCGAGCUGUACAAGGACAGAGGUGCAGAGGACAAUGGUUUGGAGUCUAGACCAGGUGAUUCUAGUACUGAAGCAGCAGGACAGAGGCAAGCUGCAACGGAUGAGUUCAUGCUUGAGCGUUUCCGCAGACGAGAAUGCCAUCGUGUAAUUCGGAGAUGAAAUGCACUCGAGUGCUUGAUUUAUCUUCAAUCUCAAUAAAAUGUGAAAUACAGUCCUCUAGUGAUUCAACUAUUUUACUCUAGCUUCUGUUGUAAUAUCUGAUCUUUGCGUUGCCAAAUUGAUUUUGUUGUGAUUCCAUUUUCCUUGUUUCAUGUUAUUACUCUUAUUAUUAUUGGUACCUUCAUUUUCUUACUUCCUCUUCAAUGGGAAGGAGAUGCAACAUUUUUUGAAA